CAGAUGUGCUCGGAGCGGCAGAGGAUCAGCAAGUCGGGCUCGGAAUGGGUUUGAAUGACAGCCGUUCGAGAUGAAGCUAACAUUAAGCGCCUUGACGGUGUUUGUGGCUGUUGCCGGCGUUUUGAGUUUCGUUGUGUUAGUGGUAGCGAUUGGGACGGAUUUUUGGUACAUCAUCGAUGCUUCAAAGUGGGAAUAUAACUCCUCAAUUCCUCUGAGCUCUCAUUCCGGCAUAUGGAGAACUUGCAAAUUUAAAAGCCGCUGCUUGCCCCUGUUAAACUCCUUUGGGAGCAUCAGCAUGAACAUUUCGGAUUCAGAACGACAACUUCUGAACAUGCAUGGAACAUUUGUGGUCUUGCUGCCCCUCAGCUUAAUUCUGAUGCUUUUUGGUGGGAUGGCUGGAUUUCUAAGUAUUUUGGCCAGAGCCUAUAUGCUGUUGAUGAUGACUGGAAUCCUGUUUCUUUUUGGAGCUCUUGUCACCCUGGCUGGAGUCAGUGUCUACGUGGCAUAUUCGGCUGCAGCCUUCAAGGAAGCCGUCUGUCAGGUCGGGAGGAAGGCUUUGCAAGACAUUGACAUCAGAUUUGGGUGGUCUCUCGCAUUGGCCUGGAUCUCCUUCAUUGCCGAAGUCCUCACCAGCAUUGGAUUCCUUCUGGCCUCAAGAAUUGUAGGCUUGAAGAGAAGGCAGCAGCAGGGUAUAUGAAUUGCAGAACAUGGCUACACCACGAUGGUUUUGGAGAGUAGGUGAGUGAGAAACUGAGGGGAUUUUGUCACCAGAGUCAUCGUUAGAAGUAGCCUGUGGGGGUCUCUUCCAAGAUUCUUCAGGAUGAUGGCAAAUGAACCCCAAGUCAAACUACGGUGGCUUAAGCGAUGCAAGUCUGUGAGCUCUGCUUUCCAUGUCAAAUAAGGUUUGCUGUUUCUAAGAGUUUCAUGAAAGUACAAACAAAUAAGAUUGAAUUUUACAUUCAUGAAUAUAUAUAAUAAAGAACAAAUGGCAUAGACACCCCUAUUGUAAGAUGGACACAAAAAGUUCUAAUUUUACAGCUGAGUAUCAAUCUGAAGUAAAGAAUAGUUAGUGUUAAUUCUUUUAUUUUUUUCAGAAAUACUCUUGGAAUAAUCUUAUUUGAUGUGCCUGUUUCCUGAAAGUUCAGGUGGGGAGGUCUGCCUCAGCUGGGUCAGACGCAACAGAAAAGGAUCAGUGGACUUUGUGUACUGUUUCUGUGUACUAUUUAUGUAUACAUAUGUAUGUAUAGUUAUGGUGGGGUAGUGGCUAAGGCUGACCAGCUCCAAGCAGGACCCUGCCUUUGCUCCAACUCUAGCAACAACCGUCUAGCGUACUUGUGAAUUGUAAAUCAUGUUGUAUUAAAGUGUGAACUAAAUAUCCAAGGAUUUGUUUACUAACUCACUUAAUCCUAUUAUAGAGCAGCAGGAUUGGCUAAAUAAAUAAUGUAAAUGCAAAAUACACUUGUAUAAAAGAGACUAUUGCAGUUUCAUUAGAAUUAGGCUUGCCUCAAUGCCAAUUAAACAAUGGUGGUGCCAGGAGCGAGGCAGUAAUAAGGUAGGACCAGACUGGAGAUUGAAGUGGCUGCAAGCAGUUAGGCACGGAUACUGAGCCGAGGCUCAUCAGAACGGCACUUGGACAUUAGCAGAGGGUGGGAGCCUUUGGACUUGACCUUUGCCGUGGACCAUUGGUGAAGGGUAACGAAAUGUCUGUUUGGCUUCAGCUGAUUAUGUAGGCCAUUUUUUUUUUCCGCUUGACAAAAUGGUUUGGUCAGGGUAAAGCUUCAUAGGGGAUUACUAGAAAGGUUUACACGUGACUCGUACUCGUUAUUUCUAUUUGUUUCACAUGCACUCAUAGAGAUCCUUGGACGUUUACACAUUUUAUUGUUGUACAACACUGAAUCACAGCAGAUUUAAUUUGGCUUUGUUAACACUGACCAACAGAAAUGGAUUCAGGUGUUUAAUUAGUCAUUUCAUGUUAUUUUCUGAAACCCAUUUAAUCCAGAUCAGGGUCACGGUGCUGGAGCCUAUCCCACCUAGCAUAAGGCUCAAGGCAGGAACAAACACAUACACAACAAACACACACUAAAGCCAAACUAGUGUCACCAGCUCUCCAUUUUAUAAACUUUUUGUAGGCACUGCACGUUAUCCAGGAGAAAGUGGCGGUUUCUCCCAUGACCUUCCUUAAGGUUCAAGGUUUCUUGAAUUGAUUCAAGCUCGUUCACAGGUGUGCUGUGGACUUUUGUUUCCUUAUAAAGCAUAGGCCACGCACAUAUUAAAAAUAUUCCAUUCCGGUGAUAGAGGCAAUCAUGGAAAAAAAUGAGCUUCUGCAUUCACUCCAUGCUACUUAUGUUGCACCACGCUGUUUCCUCUGAAUAUCCUUUGCUAAGAGAAUGCCACUUACAAUUCAGUUCUCUGUGAAGUACUUCUAAAAAAAGCAACUGAACUUUCCCUGGAACUUCAGAGCUGAACUGAAUAGUCCCUGUCAGAAGUGAUAAUGAUUUGCGAUAGCCAUGGCCGAUCCUUCACAACGUCUGGGAGUAUCUGCUUUUUCACAGGUGUUUAGUGGCUGCUUACAGAUUAUGGCACUUUGACUGUGCAGUGUGAUUGUGCCCACUUGUGUUCUCCUUCUACAUGCUGACAUACAAAGACAGAGCUCCUCAGUCCAGUGCCUUGGAGUGAUUUAAAAAGGGGCAUCCUGGAGUGUCAUUGGCCCACUAUAAUUGUUUUUGAAGCGUAUGUUGUCCCUCAGUCUAGGCCCUAGCAGCUCCACUGGGUGGGUGCAGAUUUUUAUUCCAGCUAAGACAAGAGACGGCAGAUUUGUAUACGGUCAAGUGGCACAUAACAAUCAAAGGUUAUGUUUCAAACUUUUAAAAUCACCCUAAAUCAAAAACUGCGCGUCAUUUUUGAUGGGGGGCGUGAGAGGUGAUUAGGAGAAUUCAAAGGGUGCAGAGAAGGGUAAGACCCAUUGUGGUAGGGCAGGGAGGUUUUCUGAAUUUGAGACACUUCUUGAUGUCUGACAGUGUUUGUAGGAAUUUCUUCUUCAUGCAUUUCAUUGUGUUUUUGUGCUAGCCCAUUGUGGAAGUGCAUUCAGGAUAUAUAUUUUUUAAUUGUUUUAAAUUAAAAACAAAGAAAUAAUUGACAAAAUAGUACCAUAAUUAGUUCUCAUUUGUAAUGCUGUAAUUUUAAAAAGUAUAAAUGUGCUCAGAAAAUUGUAAAUGUUUAAUUGAACAUUUUUAGGGUAUUAUUUGCAAAGCUGUACAUAUACUUUUUUAAUUUUAUUUUUUUAAAUCUGGAAAUGUGUUUAUAAAUGGGGAACAUGACAUGUAUAAUCAUGCUCAUUCAUCCAAUUGCAAUUCUGUAUUCUAAUGAUUGUAUUUUGAAAUUUACGCAUAUACUGUCAGUGAAUCUGUAAAUUAUUUUUUGAUUGUAAUUUUUGCUCCUUUUUUACUAAAAAUGAUUUAAGCGUAAUGUUUCUUAUUAUCACAGGUUUAUAUGUUUGUCUUUGCUUUAAAAUGUCGAUUUCAAACAAAUUUUUUAUGUAUUUAUUCAUUCAAAUUGUAUGUAUAAAACCUUUACUUCUCACAAUAAGCAUCUCGACAGUAUCAUCUUUGUAAUGUCUAUAUUUUCAUCUGCGUGCAAAUUAUUAUUUUAAUUUUUACAUGUGAAUUUACUAAGAGGUUUCGUUUUUUAAAAUGCAUUUCAUUUAUUUGGAAGUGUAUUUAAGAAUUCGAAAUGUGCUUGAUGGUAAUAUACGUUUAAACAUGCAAAGUAAUUUCAAAUUGGCUUUUAAUUUAAGGACACAUUUAUUCAGUGGUAAUUGUUUUUUUCUUUUAAAAAUCUGUCAUGUGCUGGUCAUUAUUUGUUAUAUGUGUAUACAGUAUUUGUGAAUUUCUACAUGUGUGGACUGCCAUGAGCUUGUAUGUUUGUCCCAUCUAUGAAUGUGUUUGCAGAGACCUUUCUUUAAUCUCCAAUAAUUUUGUUUCUGCAUUUAGCAGCUUCUAGCCAUGUUCAAUAUAUGGUAUUGAUAUCAAUUGUAAAUAUUUUUAGUUUAUCAUGGCAGCCGAGUUUGUUUUACAAAUGCAUUAUGUUUAUUUGCACUUUAAGACUGCUGCGAUUCUAACCAUUUUUCUGCUAAAACAGCACACGUGACUAAACCUGAGAUACUGCAGUUGUUAGAAGUCUCAUCACUUGUGAUUCAGGCUGGGUAGCAAAUUAAAAACAUUGAUCAUACCUCUCAGAAAAAUGUAAUAAAGCAUAAGGGUAUCUGUUAGCAGAAUAUUAUAAGGACGCCGUCAUGCACAGAGUUCAGCAAAAACGCAAUCAAAGAUAUAAUUACAUCCUUAGAGUUUUGCCAUUUGUAAUGUAAUAAACUGACCUCAAUCGCAGUGGAAAUGCCAGUCAAGCUCACUAAAAAACUCUUAAGAAGAUAAUGAAUACAUUUGCGGGACAAACAUUGACUGAUAGAAUGAGUAAAACAGCAUAAGAUGCAAAUAGCUGCUAUAACUACAUUUCUUGCCAAGAUAUUAGGGGACAAUGUGGCAGGGUAAAAGUCAUAACUUUAGUUUCUCUUAACAAAACUCGUUUGAUGAGCCUUUCUCACAACACAGUAUAGUCAUAUCUUUAAACAUAAUCAAAAAUACAUCUCUUACAGGAUAAGUUUUCAAGUCAAAGUUAUUUCUUCACAAACAUGGUGUAUGGGGUGGUCCAGAUCUA